CGCAGUUAAGCAACUAUCUUCAAAAUCAAAGCAAGGAAACCGUGAGUUUGUCAAUGAAAUAGGCAUGAUUUCUGGUUUACAACAUCCGAAUCUUGUUAGAUUGUUUGGAUGCUGCAUUGAAGCAAAUCAACUACUGUUGGUAUAUGAAUACAUGGAAAACAAUAGCCUUGCACGUGCUUUGUUUGGUCCAGAGGAAGGUCCAUUAAAAUUGGACUGGCCUACAAGGCAGAAAAUAUGCUUGGGCAUAGCAAGAGGUUUGGCUUUUUUGCAUGAGGAAUCUGCACUGAAGGUUGUGCAUAGAGACAUCAAAACUACGAAUAUAUUACUGGACCAUGACCUUAGUCCUAAGAUCUCAGACUUUGGUUUGGCCAAGCUUGAUGAAGAGGAGAACACACACAUUAGCACCAGAGUUGCUGGAACUAUAGGAUACAUGGCGCCUGAAUAUGCACUAUGGGGUUAUUUAACCUACAAAGCAGAUGUCUACAGCUUUGGUGUUGUUGCAUUGGAAAUUGUUGCUGGAAAGAACAACAUGAAAUAUCGACCAAAUGAGAAUUUUGUAUGCCUUGUGGAUUGG